AGGAAGCAGCAUGUGUGUGCACAUGUGACUGCCAGCUAAACGCAACUAAAGUCAAUUCAAGUAGUCCUGAAUCGCUUUUGUGAUACGUCAUGUCAAAUUUCUUUUUAAAGAAAAAGACCGUCGCUGCGACGAUUAAUAAAGGAGACAAACAGCCUGUUUUAAAAAGAAAGAGUAACACAGAUGAUGGCAAAGGGAGAUCAAAUAAGCUCAAUAAACGGGCAAAUGAAGAAAUAUCGAGUGACUCAGAAAAUGAGAGUGGUCCUGUACCUAUCAAAAGACGGAAUGAAAAAAAUGAGGAUGAAGAGAUCGAGGAGACCGUGCAGGAGAAGAAACUUCGGCUGGCAAAACAUUACCUGGAGCAGUUGAGAGAAGAAGAGGAGAAACGAGCUGAGGAAGAAUCAUUUGAAACGGAUCUGGUAGCUGGAAGGCUGCAGGAGGAUGUGCUGGAACAGAGGGGAAAGCUGCAAAGACUCAUAGCCAAAGAACUUGUAGCUCCAGAUCCAGCGGAGAUCAGAAUGUUAAAAGGACACAAACUGUCAGUCACUUGUCUCGUCAUCACCCCAGACGAGAAAUACAUCUUCUCUGCAAGCAAAGACUGCUCCAUUAUCAAAUGGGAUGUGGAGAAUGGAAAGAAGGUGCACAAAAUUGCAGGAGGACGAAAAGGAACCGAAGACAGGCAUGUGGGACACACCGCUCAUGUCCUGUGUAUGGCUAUAUCAUCUGAUGGCAAAUACCUGGCUACUGGGGACAUGAAUAAACUCAUCAUGAUUUGGGAUGCGGCAACAUGUAAACACCUGUACAAGUUCACGGGACACAGAGAUGCCGUUUCGGGUUUGGCCUUUAGAAGGGGGACCCAUGACCUCUACAGUGCAUCACACGACCGAUCGGUGAAGGUGUGGAACGUGGAGGAGAACGCAUACGUAGAAACCUUAUUUGGCCAUCAGGAUAAGAUCACAGCAUUGGACUGUUUGAGCCGUGAGCGGUGUGUGACAGCUGGCGGGCGAGACAGAACAGUCAGAGUUUGGAAAAUAGCUGAAGAAUCACAGCUUGUGUUUCAUGGACACGAGGGCUCCAUUGAUUGUAUCCAGCUUAUUAAUGAAGAGCACAUGGUUACCGGUGGUGAUGAUGGUUCUGUAUCCAUUUGGACCGUUAAUAAAAAGAAGCCAGUGAUCACAGUGAAGCAAGCCCACAGUAGCCAUGGCAACACUGGUCUGGAGCAACCCUAUUGGGUGUCGUCUGUGGCGGCACUGCACAACUCGGACACAGUGGCUUCAGGUGCCUCAGGCUCGCAUAAUUCAGCAGUGCAGCUGUGGAAGUGUGGGCAGGGAUUCAGAGGCCUAGAGCCCCUAUUCAGUAUCCCGGUGACUGGAUUUGUAAACAGUCUGAAAUUCUCUAAUUCUGGAAAAUUUCUUGUGGCAGGAGUUGGACAAGAGCACAGAUUGGGCCGAUGGUGGAGAAUAAAGGAAGCGAAGAACGCACUGUAUGUCAUUCCACUUAAAAGACAAACAAAAGAGCAAGAAGUUUCUUGCCCUGAUAACUAGGACUUGGAUUGGAUGGAGAACAUUGCUUCCUUUUUUUUUUUUUUUUUCUUUGUAUGUC